GCAAAAUGUAUAGGACAAUACAUAUAAAUAUGGAUUCGUAUUAUAUACGACGGGAGAUUUGCCUUGUACGGUUGUUAUGCACUAAAGUUUGUUAUAUCCUUGGCUCACACAGCCAUCAUCAGAGAGCCAAGCAGCCAUUUGAAGUCGGCCAUGAACUACUACCAUCUUCCCGAGCUACUGAAGAUCAAGUCUAAGAACCCUGUCCAGACGUUUCUGCAGGACCCGUGGAAGUACAAGGACCUGUCUGAGGCUUACUUUGACUUCUGUAAAGUAACCUGGGACGGCACCAGGAACUUCCUGUCAUUUGAUUUGGGGUACCCUACAGAGGGAGCAGAGGAUAAGGAACGAGCUCGUAGGUACAUCAGCGAACUAGAAGCGGACUUCACGCUGGUCUUGCUGCUGGAACACCUGGACGAGUCUCUGGUUCUCCUCAGACGUCUGAUGUGCUGGGAGUUGCGAGACGUUCUGUACGACGUCGAGGGAAAAAACAAUCGGACUUACCCGUACAAAUCUUACAUCCCCACCGCCGAGGAACUCGCCAACCUCCGCCGGUGGAAGGCCGUGGAUUACCUAGUGUAUGACACGUUCAACGCCUCCUUGUGGAGGAAGAUUGCAGCACAGGGUCCAUAUUUUUACGAGGAGCUCCACUACUUUCGAGAAGUGAGGAAGAGUGUAAGCAAGUUCUGCCACACGCUGAAACGUCAUCAACAGCCUCUCAUCAUAAAGGCGUCCAAGUGGAGUCCACAGUUUGCUGUAAAUUCCAUGUACUGCAGAGGUCUACAAACCAGAGAUAUUCCACUUGGCGAGUAUAUCAGAAAACGUGCAUCGGUAAAAAACAAGAAGGAGUGGAGAUCCCUGGAAGUUCGCGAAAACAUGCAUCGUAUUAUCCAAGGUCUACCUGCUGUAAAAUACAAAUACGAGGCUGAGGCAAAAAAGGAAACAUAAAUAUUUGCCUCGUAAAGUUGCUACGGCCGCGUGGCGCGUUGGUACAUCCGAUCCCUCGAUCUCGGAAGUUAGCAACGUCCGGUCCGGAUAGUGGGAGACCGACCAAGGACGUCCGGAUUGCCGUAGCCUCUCUACGAAACCGUCUUCCGGGAGGGACGUAAAACGGGGGUCCCGUGCUCGAGGAGGUGGCUGGACCACGUUAAACAGCUCCAUUGCUCAUAAUUUCGGUACCUACUGGCUGGCAAAAUACACCUGGUGAUUAUUAUUAUUAAAGCCAACUUUAGAGUGUGCCUAACUACUAGUAUCUAGCCCAACCAAUUGCAAGCUACUAGUAUAUAGUAUAGGGGGCCUGCUAAGUGAACAUGUUGUUGUCUACAAUAGGAGAGUCUAUUUGAUGUAGCUUGUUUAGUAUUGAAAAAGGCAGAUACUACAAUGUAGCUUCUGACCAAAGGUACAUGCGUUUGUGUGUUUGUGUAUUGCCCCAACAAAAUAUGAGAAACAUUAGAUGUACAUGCCCAAUGAACAGAAAAUUGUAUCUCAGUUCUUCUAGUCUCUACUACAGAUGAUAUUUGAAACCUAUAAGGUCCGAAGCUUAUUAUUGAAGAUGAAUUUCACUUUAUAAUGGAAUGCUCUACUAGUAGGCUACUAAUCUGUAAUGUUGAUUUAAUGAAUAAAGAUUGAAUCAUGCAAAUGAGGUCUUGGUUUGCAUGAUUCAUGGUUUGUUUUCCCUACACCGA